AUGGACAGCGAAGAGGAAGCGAUUAGAAGGGCGAAAGAGGUAACAUUCGUCCAUUCGAGAGGCGGGUUUAUAAUUCGUGGGAGGAUGUCAAACUCAGAGAAGGUGUUACAAAAGCUGGGUGAGUCCACGAGCGCUGAAGCUAAGGAGUUAUCCAAGGAGAUCGGAAACUUCUCGGAACGAGUGUUAGGAGUAUUAUGGAUGCCACGAGUUGAUGCCUUCACGUACUCUGCCAACUUCGUUACAGUGCCUGAGUGGCCUACCAAAAGGGAGCUGCUCAAGACGGUGAUGAGUCUAUAUGACCCUCUAGGAUUUCUAUCGCACUUUACCGUUCACGGAACAAUCCUCAUAAAGCAAAAAAAUUUACAAUUGCAUAUAUUCGUGGAUACCAGUAUGGCCGCAUUUGCUUGUGUUGCUUAUCUGCGCGCUGAAGUAGCUGGACAAAUACAAUGUGCUUUGGUAACCGGGAAGGCGAAGGUAGCUCCACUCAAGUUAAUGUCUGUGCCCCGAUUGGAGCUCCAAGCUGCGGUGCUAGGGUCGCGACUGGUCGAGAGCAUCUGCUCCACUCACACUCUGCCUAUCACGAAGAGAUUCAUUUGGACCGACUCGAAGACAGUGUUGGGAUGGAUUAAUUCCGAUCAACGAAGUUAUCGCCAAUUCGUGGCUUUCCGCACUGGGGAGAUCCUUGAGAAAACAAAAGCCAACGAAUGGCAUUGGGUUCCCUCGGAUUCGAAUGCCUCUGAUGAUGCGACCAAGUGGAAAAGGGGACCGAAUUUGUGCCCGGAAGGUCGCUGGUUCGGAGGACCUGAUUUUUUACAUUUGAGUGAGGAGUAUUGGCCUUCAAUCCCAGAAGAGAAAUAUGACACAACUGAGGAACAGCAGUCCAGUAUGGUAAUGCAUCAUUAUAUCAUCGAUUCGGUGUUUGACUGGGAGCGGUUUUCAAAUUGGAACCGUUUGACUAGAACCGUUGGGUUCGUGGUUCGAUAUCUCGGAAAUUUGAGGGAAAUAGCACGGCAACUUCCUACAACGAAGGGCCCGCUGAGUCAAGCAGAGUUGGCAAAAGCGGAGGCGUGGAUAUUUCAUUCAACCCAAAAAGAGAUCUUCGCAAAGGAAGUGACCAUGUUGUCUACAGUUGAUACUACAGGAAAAAGUGUGAGACUAGAUAGUGACAGCAAGCUCUUCAAACUUUCUCCGUUUCUUAAUAACAACGGCGUUUUGCGUGUGGAAACCAGGAUAAGUUUAGCAGCAUUUGCAUUAUAUGACACAAGAAAUCCUAUCAUUCUUCCUCGGUAUCAUCGUGUAACCAAGUUGAUCAUCUUGUGGUAUCAUCAGAAGCUUCUACACGGUAAUAUGGAAACCGUAAUUAAUGAGUUACGACAUCGAUUCCAUAUAUCCAACCUACGCACCGUCGUUCGAGGCGCAGUGAAGGAAUGUCUGCAAUGUAGAGUGUCCAAGGCAGUUCCUUCGGUACCCAGAAUGAGUCCUCUACCAGCGGCCAGGCUAGGGGCAUUUUUCCGACCGUUUACAUUUCUCGGUCUGGACUAUUUUGGCACAAUGACGGUCCGCGUAGGACGUAGCAUUGUGAAACGUUGGGUAGCGUUAUUUACGUGUCUAUCCAUCCGUGCUGUGCAUCUAGAAGUCGUGCAUUCAUUGUCGACAGAAUCGUGUAUGAUGGCUGUUCGGCGGUUUGUGGCACGGCGUGGAUCUUCGUCAGAAAUUUACAGCGAUAACGCAACAAACUUUCUAGGUGCCAGCAACGAACUUCGGAACGAGAUCAGGUCCAUCAACGGGAACAUAGCUGAAACUUUCACGACCUCCAACACAAAGUGGUUAUUCAUUCCCCCGGCCUCCCCACACAUGGGAGGCGCUUGGGAGAGAAUGGAGAGAAGCGUAAAAGUUGCGUUUUACGCUAUUCCCACGGAGGAGACGUUUGGUACUGUUUUAGUGGAGGCCGAGAGCAUAGUCAACUCCAGACCUUUGACCCUUGUACCUUCGAAUGAAGAAAAUCAAGAAGCACUAACACCUAACCAUUUUUUGCUUAUGAAUUCAAAUGGAGCCUUCGAAAACGAUAGACGAUCCGGAUGCUGUAUGUAUGGUGGAUUUAUUUUGGCGCCGAUGGAUACGCGAAUAUUUGCCCAUAAUAUCCCGAAGGACUAA